AUGCCGUCGCCCGCCAACACCGCCGAGCUGUUCGCAGAGGUGGCUGACCCGUUCCUGCGCCACUGCCUCAAGAUCGUCCAGACGACGUCGACCAACUUUGUCUACAUUGGCUCGGGCGCAAAGAUUGCGUAUCGCUGGCUCGAUGUCGACCCGGAAGCUUUCCACAUGAUCGCCUGCGAUGCAGAGGCUGCUUCCGCCUCCGCCUCGGCAGCACCUACUCCCGUCCCACCGAAGCGCUCCGAGGUGCCGCUGCUUCUGCACUGCGACUUUCGCGCGGGCAUGGACAUGUGGGAUCCGCUCUUCCUGGCGCAUCUGGUCAAGGCGCGUCCGCUGAUCAUCUUCGACCCGUGCCACUGUGGCCGCUCGAUCUCGAAUCGCGACACGCGUCCGUACAUGGGCUCGUUCUACAAGUGGGCCAAGCAUGCCGUCGCGAUUGCCGACUCGCUCGGCGUGCAGGAGUACGACGUGCUCGGUUUCGCCAUGGGUGGCGCGGCUGCGCUGCUCACCGCGCUGUACCCGAGUCCGGCGACUACUCGCGUGCGCAAGAUCGUCGCGGCGGCUACCACCGGCCCUGCCAUCUCGGCACGGCUGUACGAAGAGUGCUCGCGCAGCUCCAUGUCCAUCCCCUGGCCGCGCGACGACUGGAACUUGAUGAAUGCGUCGCGCCUUUCACUCAACGACGGCACCAAGCCGGACGAGGUAAAACAGGCGUUGAAGCAUACCUUUUUCACCGACUCGCAAGCUGGGCAGCUCGCGCUCGAGCAGCACUGGGAUCGCAUCAACUCGUUUGCGCAGUAUCGGUCCAAGCUUCCGUCCGAGGCGCCGUUCAUCGGGUUGCUGGAGGACCGCCGCGAGCUCGGACCUCUGCGCUGUCAACGAUUGGCGUGGCGCAGCUGGGAGACGCUUCCGCAGCAGCGCGGAGGCGGAUACUUUGACCCGAUGGCACGCAUCAAUGUGCCUGUGCUGGUGAUGAAUGGCGUCAACAAUACGCUCAUCCCCGCGAGCAGGAGCUGGGAACUGAUGUGUCGACUGCCGAAGCCCUCGCUCAACCUGUAUGAGGACUCGGGUGCAGGGUUCAUCUGGCAGUAUCCGGAGCGUGUGGCGCGCGACAUCAACCACUUUUUGGAUUACGACCAUUCGAACCUGCAGCCGCAGAUCCUGCCUUCGGCUUCGCUGCCCAAGCCAACAUUGCUCGCGCAGCCCGCCGCUCCGAUGCGUGCUGCUGCAGCAUCGGCACAGCCGUCGCUUCCGACGGGACAGAGUGCGGUGCCACGCCCACCUCCCAUCUCGCACCCGUACUUUGCGGAUACACCGACAGGCCACCAACAGACGCACCAGCCGUAUCUGCACAACUACCCGCCCGCUGCGCCGCCCAACCCGCGACCCGCCAAGCUGUAG